AUGGCGGCCCCAUCAGGCUUGCAUGCGCAUCUUCAUCACGGUGCGACCGAUGCGGGACCCAGGCUAGUCAACCGGCUACGUGACAGCCGGUCACCGUAUGUUCGAGCCCACAUGAAUAACCCAGUCGCCUGGCAACUGUGGGACGCAGAAGCGAUCAACCUCGCCAGGCGCUAUAACCGACUGGUGUUUCUCAGCAUCGGUUACUCGGCUUGUCACUGGUGCCAUGUCAUGGAAAAGGAAUCCUUCAUGUCCCCGGAAGUGGCUUCCAUCUUGAAUGAAUCUUUCAUCCCAAUCAAGGUGGACCGCGAGGAGCGACCGGAUAUUGACGAUAUCUACAUGAACUAUGUGCAAGCCACCACUGGCUCUGGUGGUUGGCCGUUGAACGUAUUCUUGACACCGGAUCUAGAACCGGUCUUUGGUGGUACCUACUGGCCGGGACCCAAUUCAACGACGCUACUAGGUAAUGAGACUAUCAGCUUUGUAGAUAUUCUGGAAAAGCUACGGGAUGUUUGGCAGACCCAACAGCAACGGUGUCUUGAUAGUGCGAAGGAGAUCACAAAGCAACUCAGGGAAUUCGCCGAAGAAGGAACACAUUCGUACCAAGGAGACAAGGAAGCGGAUGAGGAUCUGGACAUUGAACUUCUGGAAGAGGCUUAUCAACACUUUGUGUCUCGCUAUGACUCUGUACAUGGAGGGUUUUCUAGCACACCCAAGUUCCCAACCCCCGCCAACCUCAGCUUUCUGCUCCGGCUUGGGGCGUACCCAAAUGCGGUAUCGGAUGUUGUUGGUCAAGAAGAAUGCGAAAAAGCGACUGCCAUGGCAGUGCAUACGCUCAUUAGUAUGGCACGUGGGGGGAUCCGUGAUCAUAUUGGACAUGGUUUCGCAAGAUACAGUGUCACUGCUGAUUGGAGCCUCCCACAUUUUGAAAAGAUGCUUUAUGAUCAGGCACAACUCCUGGAUGUAUAUGUGGAUGCAUUCAAGAUAACACACAACCCUGAGCUGCUGGGUGCCGUGUAUGAUUUAGCCACAUAUCUGACCACCGCUCCUAUUCAGUCAUCCACUGGCGCUUUUCACUCUUCGGAAGACGCGGAUAGCCUGCCGUCACCGAAUGACACGGAGAAACGCGAGGGGGCAUAUUAUGUCUGGACACUGAAGGAACUGACACAAGUGCUCGGCCAACGGGAUGCUGGGGUUUGUGCUCGUCACUGGGGUGUACAUCCUGACGGUAAUAUCUCCCCCGAGAACGAUCCACACGACGAAUUUAUGAACCAGAACGUGCUUUCUGUAAAGGUAACACCGAGCAAACUGGCAAGAGAAUUUGGGUUAGGGGAAGAAGAAGUGGUAAGAAUCAUUCGUUCGGCGAAGCAGAAACUGCGCGAGUAUCGGGAACGAACACGAGUCCGCCCUGAUCUGGAUGACAAGAUCAUUGUCGCCUGGAACGGACUAGCCAUUGGGGCACUCGCCAAAUGCAGUGCUCUGUUUGAGCACAUUGAAAGCUCCAAGGCAGUACAGUACAGGGAGGCAGCGGCAAAAGCAAUUAGCUUUAUCAAAAAUGACCUCUAUGAUAAACCAACCGGGCAACUGUGGCGUAUUUAUCGCGAUGGUGGCAGAGGUGAUACUCCAGGCUUUGCUGAUGACUACGCUUAUUUGAUCAGCGGCUUGUUGGAUAUGUAUGAAGCAACAUUUGAUGACAGCUAUCUGCAGUUCGCAGAGCAGCUUCAGAAAUAUUUGAACGAGAAUUUCCUUGCAUAUGUGGGAUCGACUCCGGCAGGUUACUACAGUACACCGUCCAACAUGACAUCAGACAUGCCGGGUCCUCUGCUUCGUUUAAAGACCGGAACCGAGUCGGCCACUCCAUCAGUUAACGGAGUCAUUGCACGCAACCUGUUGCGCCUUGCCAACCUGCUCGAGGAUGAAGAUUACCGGCUGCUCUGUCGCCAAACAUGUCAUUCUUUCGCAGUCGAGAUCCUGCAGCAUCCAUUCCUCUUCGUCGGACUGCUUGAUGCGAUUGCCGGACUGGAAGCUGGCUCGCGGAACUUCACAGGCGUUCUCUCUACGACACUUCUUCCCCAGACCGGGCCUGGACCGUCAGACCGUCUCAACAGCAAUUCCGACGAGCCAACAUCCGUGCGGGACCUCAUUGUGCAGAGACUCCGGGCAGAAGCCGGUCAGGCGAUAUCAACCUCAACGACCACCGUUUCCCUCAUUGACAUCCGCCCUUCGCACUUGGGCGACUUUGUAGGUAAUCAGUCAUUCUGGUUGCGGACUCGGAACAAGCUGUACAAAGAUUUGAAGCCGAGUGAGCCAGCGAAAAACUACAUACUUGUCUGUGAGGGGGGCAGUUGCAAGAUGGUGGAUGUAUGA